AUGACUGUGAGCUAUAAUUGGAUCCUGGCAGUCUGGUUAGUUUUGGAAAGUGUUACAUUCAAUCAAGCUAGGCACAGUGCCGGCGUGGAAGGAACUGAUGAUCAAUAUUUCUAUCUUGAUUCAGUAUCUGACACCUACCACUACGGUUACGAAGUGAACCCGAAUGGUACCUUCCAUCAUGAGCGCAGAGGUCCAGAAGGUGUUACGUACGGUUGUUACGGUUACAUCGAUUCCAACCAGAAGCAGCACGUUACACAUUACGUAGCUGAUCAGAAAGGUUAUCGGGUUGUUGAGCCCAACAAACCGAUCCUGAUCUAUUUGAGUGAGCAAACAGCUUGGCAAGCAUUCCUGCUCCCUAGAGGAUGCAGAAGUCAUACUGGCAAACCGAGUUCAACAGGUCCCGAACUUAUCUACAAACCGUUGGGAGCCGUUAGUACUCCUUCGAAACCAGCCACUUCGACUACUAGGCGACCAACUACGACAGCUACUUCUGCCACAUGCAAUUGCGUUUGGCCAACCUUGACGAAACCAACGGUUCUAACUCCGAAACCACCCACGACAACCAAAAAUGGAUCAACUAUGGUUUCAAAAGCAACUUCUACCACUACUGCUAGAACUACACCCGUCUCAACAACCACCCCUAGUAAAACCACAACCCCAAAAACUACCCAAUCGACCAUGAAACCAGAUCGUCUAAACGUGGGAAUUGCCACGAAUACCAUUAUCGGAAGACCGACGAAUUACAUUUACCGACCCCAGUACGAAGAACACCCAAACCUGGGGCGAGAUCCUCGAGCCCAAAAGCCAUCUUCUCCGCAAAUCUACUACGUCCCAUACCAUCAGAAUACGGCUCCACCGGGUGUCCCGUCGAAAUCGCAUGGCACUUGCGGCUCCGGCUUCGGUUACAUUGGAUUGGCUCCGGUGAUUUUCGUUCCAGCUGCUUCGGCAAAGAAUGUGGGUCUGGAAAUAAAUGCCUCUCAGUUUAGACGCAGUGACAUACCUUUGAGGAUGUUUACCAAGCCCAUCGAUGGUGGAAAUUGGACGGCUACGGAGAUGUUAGAUGAUGAUGGCAACCAUUUUGGGUUGAGUCAUUCCGAAGAGUUGAAGAAAAUCGUAAAUGGUGUUGAUUUUGAUUUGCUCGUGUCGGGUGAUUCUGUUUUGUAA